UCGCGAUGGACGGUGUUCCCGCGACAAUCAUGUAAUAUACGCUAACUCCUUGCUCCUAGCAGUAACGAUACGUAUCAUGAACUCUCUAAUGUAGUAAAAGAAUUGGUGCUCAAUUAAAAAAAGAAUUAUAUAUUUUUAUAUUGGACUUUGUUAUGGAUACUUGUUAGUAGGUUGUAGGGUUUGUUAAGCGGUGGUGCUUCGUGAGGCAAGAUGAACUUUCUGGGUGCGGUUGGCGGUGAUGGUGAUGACAGCGAUGAUAAGGAGAAGGAAGAAGAAGCGGAACGUGAGCGGCAGGAGGCCAUCCGCGAGGCCGAGGAGCGUCGCAAGGAGAAGCAUCGCAAGAUGGAAGAGGAGAGGGAGAAGAUGAGACAGGAGAUCAGGGAUAAGUACAAAAUCCCCAAGAAGGAGGAGAUGGUGGAACAGCAGCAGGCGGAGCCCGACAAUCCGCUCAUGAGGAAGAAGAAGACGCCCGAGGAGCUUGCUGCGGAGGCCGAGCUCGAGGACCAGGACGAGUUCACUAAACUGAAAAAUACCAUCGAAACGCAAGUGAACGAAUUGAAAUCUCAGAUCGAGAGCAAGUGCGUGAUGCAGUGAGCGGGAGUUGUUGCGUCUUUGUUAUAACAAUAUUAUACCCGAAUACAUGAUGUUGCUGCUCGGCCGAUUGUUACGUCACACCCACCACAUUCCACCCCCGAACAACCCCCAAACCCAACCGGAACAACCCCUUGGCAACACCGUAUCAUUCGCGUUCAAACAUUUUUGUAGGAGAGAUCGAAUUCUAAAUUAUUUGGAAACGUAGUCAGCUAGUGGCGCGUUGGUGCUUCAUGAUGAGCAAUAAUAUUUUUAUACAUUCAUAGAAAAAAAAUUGUUGGAGAGCGACCCUCAAUGCCACAGAAAAGUGCAUCAGCGGGACUCGCCCCCGCCGCGCCGCUCAAGUCACGGCAAAUGAUCCACUUUUAUAUGUUGAUGCUUGUGAUAUAUUGUUAUUUAAGUGUAAAGAGGAAAUAAAUUUAAUUACAACUAGAAUGUUAAUGAAAGUAUGGAAGAAGUAACAUAUAUUAAGUCGGUAGCGCGCGUGUAGUCUGACUGUACCGAGACCAUCCUUCUCUCGUCUGUCUCUCGCCUUCGGAAUCGACUUACAUUGAAAUAACAAUGUAUUCGCUCGUAAAUAUUUGUUUUCAUCCAAAUUCCUCUCAGCUUGGUGUCUCUCGAUGUAGACGUUUUACCGCGCGCGGUAAAACAGACGCGUGGCUUACGCUCUUCGCUCUCUCUCUCUCUACCUCUCUCUCUCUGUCUGUCCUCUUCUGUCUCUCCUUCUGCAACUUCAAACUCUCCGACUUUUGCCUCUAAAUCUUUUGCAUGCGUGCUUCUGCAGUGUUAGUCGGUAUCGUGUCAGUGAAUUUGUUUAGAUGUAAAUACCCGUAAUGAACCUAGCCUUAAUAUCCACAUCGAAAAUAUAAAUAGGUGCAAUAUAGUUAUUGAUAACGUUUGGAGCAGGCAUCCGGCCGUUGCCGAAGAAUGCCUCUCCGUCUCGUAAUAGUCUUCACUUUUGUUCCUGCAUGUCUGUAAGAUAAGAUUGAUGUUCAUUUAGAUUAAAGCGUUAAGGUUGUAGAUAACACUUGAGCUGUUGUUUUACCGUUGUAACAAUGUAGCGUAGUUAACGCAAUCUAACGUUUUAUCGAUGUUUUAUGCUUAGGUAUAAAGUUAAUGUACGUGCGAGCGAAAUUUUCGAGCGAUUCGUGCGAUGGUAUGUUCAGAAAUGAUUUAAACAGACAACGUACGUGGCCGCGGUCGCGCUGUAGACUGCUACGACUAACGCAGAAAGAAGGCUCGCAAGUAUUUGUUCGAACGUUUUUCUCCACAUGUAAGCUGCAAAUGCAAAAGAUUUGUUAUCGUCAAAAGCUGUGAUAUAUAAAUAAAUAAAACUAUCGGAGUGCGCGGGACGCGGCUCGACCGCCCCCAACCCGACACCCGAUACACUUUUCACUUUAGCUUCUUUGAUCUUUGAACUUCACUAAAUAAAUAAAUAUAUCUCAUCGACUAUCUUUGUGACGUCAUUCUAAAUGUUCACCUUUCCUCCGCUCUCAUAGACUUCUGCGACGGAACUUCGAGAAACUUCUACAAUAUAAUCAGCACAUCAUGUAUUUCUCCUACAUUUGUGUUACUUUAUCUCUUCGACUAUCGGCUAUGUAACCUACGCUUGCUUAACAUCUCUUCUUAACCUAUUUUUUUUCAUUUUGCUCUUCGAUUAAAAAUCUAUCCUCAUGAUAUCGCGGACUCAAUAUAUUCAAUAUACAUCCAUGUAAAUAAGCAACAAUACUUUCAGAUCUAUUCAGAAUUCUAUUCUAUUUUCAGAGCGAUAAGAUUGAAAAUAUUUUAUCUGGGAAACAUUCUAUUAUAUUUAAACAGCUCCUGGUAUGGAAUCAGUUCAGAGCAUUUCUUUUGGUCGCGAUCUCUUGCGAUGGGCGCCGCUUCUCUGGGCCUCCGACCCGUCCGUCGUAUCUCAACAUUUCACCUUAUCUAUCGUUAAGGUAUUCUCACUCUUACCGUGUACGUGUACGUGUCUAGCUUAGGUUUACGAUAUAUAACGCGUUAGCUCUGUUAUAUGUGCAUGGCAUUUCUAGCUAAACUGUUGUUCGUAGUUGUUCGAAGUAAACAAUAAUAGUUGUAAGUCCGGACCCCUCGGUUAUCUCCGACACGACCAAUAAGUCGCCUCUACGGUUCAUCUCUUCCUAUGUCCUGUCUACUCGUAUGCUACCACUAUGGAACGCUGCCCUAGAACCUUUCUCUCUUCGACUAUCUUCAAUCUAUCAGUAGCGUCUUAUAUAACUUCGAUCUUCGUUGUUGACUUUCACUUACGUAGCUAUAGUGAAUUAGAAAAUUAUUUUGGUACGUAGCGAGGGUUAGGUAUAGCGUUAAAAUUUCAAUGUUAAAUCCGCUAAUUGUCACUAAUUUAAAAAUCUAAUCUUGUUUAUGGUAAUUUUUGUAUAUUUCUGUGUGUGCAUGCGUUUAUAUUUAAGUGUAAGUUAGCUCUUGCGUGUGUGUUCGGUGUCGUUUUCUCUCGAUUAGACUUUGACUCGAUACGUAAAGCGCUUUAUCGAGUUUCUUGUAUGUAAGCUUUCAAUGUUCUCUGUAUAGUGUUAAAUAUGUAUUUAGGUAAAUGAUUGCUUAACUGCGCAAUUCGUUACGGAAUUUGGGUGAUAUCAAAUUGUUAAAAUUAUAUUAGUAUUUUCAAAAAGCACUUACUAUUUCUUGCUAUUUUUGCAUUACAUUUUCUGCGAUCACAACUUCCUCACUGCAAUCCGAGUUAGCCAUCGGCCGGUACAUUGAAUUUAUAAAGAGGUUUAUACAAGGUAGAUAUGUAGUGUAGUAUAUAAUAUUAAAUUAUAAUAUAUAAAUAAAUAUGCAAAUAUUGAUUAUUAUUUAUAUUCACAGCCGUAGUAUUAUUGAUAAUGUUCUUAAGUGACUCGCGACCAAUUUCAGAAUUUCUCCAAAGGCAAAAUCAGUUGAUUGACUAAUCUUAUGACCUUUGUACUCAGGGUAAAUUAAAUAUUGUAAUUUACUGCUCUUGUUGUCUAUUUAUAUAUUAUCUACAUAUGUUCAGUUAUAUCUAUUAGCAUUGUCACUUCGCCUCUUUACUUUCUCCUGCCUAUCUUCUCCCACGUAAACUUAAUUCUGCUCCGAUCUGUUUCUAUAUAUUUCAAUGUUAUUCUUGUUGAUAAGUCAAAUGUUUAACCUGUAUCGUGUAACAUCUUUCGGAUGUUGUUGAAGUCACUAAAAACUCCGAAUAAGCAAUUGUUAGACAUCGAGAAAUGUAAUUAAGUAGGAAUAAUAAAAACAUAUAAAAACCGAUUUUAAUAACUUUCGGUAAGGAAUAGGUUUGUUAGGAUGUUAACUUUGAUGAUAAAAAGUCUGUUUUAUUGUUGCACUAAAUAUUUGAUAGAUUACACUAAUCAGAUUAAUUUUUAAUAAGCGACUAUUCAUUUUUAGGAAAAAAAAAUUACAUGUCAGAAUAUAGAGUAUAUAAUAAAACAAAAUAAUAAUAUAUACGAGAACCACAAUCAAAAUUUAUUCAUGGAUUUUUUAGGACCGUUUACAGAUAAAUUUAAAUAUGAUUCAUUUGAAAAAUAAUGUAAUUAAUUGAAACAUAAAAGCAAUAGUAAAUUCCACAUAGAGACUGUCAAUCACAACGAAAAUAAAUACGCCAAUGAAUACUUAAAAAAAAAUAAUGCCUCACUAAUUGUUCUUAUAACAUAAGAAACAUAUCAACCGAAAAACAACAAUUACGCAGUUCAUAAAUGGCGGAUAUAAUUUAUAGGUUAUGUCAAACUGCACAGAUAACUAAAACCGGCUGACAUACAGCAAUAGACAAAUGUCAGAGACAACGACACAAACCACACACAAGAGCUUCAUUACACGAAAUAACGCCAUUAUUUAAUGUAUUUAAGAUGUUAUUUUAUAUUUCAAUCAUAGUGUGGAGAGGCUUUAUAAAAGAACUGAGAAGAAAGUGCCACAGAAUACCGAUAAUUUUUGCUCUUUUUGGAAUGAUUUUUACGCAUCUUACCACACUAUGUUUGAAUUUUUCUAUUGUGUUUAAAAGGUGCGCCAUUUUCAUAAAGAUGUUGUCGUUAUAUGUUGGCACGGCCGGGGAUGGUUAUAAAUUGUAUGUUCACGAUUCUGUAGUUAUAUGGAACGUGUAAGAAGGUUGUUCCCCGGCCGACGGAAUUCCACUAGGGUAGUCAGAGGCCACAUUUUGGUAAGUUAGUUUUUAAUAUUAGUGACAUCUAGUGUUAAUAAUUGCAAGUUUACUGAAAUUUAAUGAAAUGUGUAAAACAAUUUUGAAAAAAAAAAACAAAUAAAUUCAGAUAUGAACGUGGUUCAUGUGUUGUAUUGUUAUUAUAAAGGUUAGUAGAUAAACCAUGAUAACAUUAACUUAGAGUAACGGAUGAGAAACGAAAAAAGUUAUUGUUAAAAAUGUUUUUAGAUAAUUAAAUCAGAUUGAGCUUUUGUGAAACCUUGUUAUUGAUGGUUAUUAAUAGUUCGGUUCGCGGUAUUUCAGGCUGUCAGAGAACUGCCAUACGAUAAUGACUUUUAUCUCAAUACGUAUUAGUUCGAUUUUGUCACCCGUCACUCGUGUAGAUAUAAGGUAGGCUUGGGCUGCAUAUUUGUUUAUCUGUAAUGUUGCAAUGCAUUGUUAAAUUUAUUUAAUCGUCCCUAUUAGUUACGUACAAAAGUUUAGAGGUAGCCAUUUUCAUGUGAACAUCUGUGAAUGUGAAAGUGGUGUAUCUACCAUGUUGUUAAAUAAUAAAUAAAUUACAUUGUACCACCA